AUGUGUUCAUUCACAGUUCCUCCGGCCGUGCUGCAGCUGUUCCUGCUGCUCUUCUUAGCCUCUCCCGCCACUGCAUGCACCGAGCAGGAGAAGCGCAACCUCCUCCAGUUCCUUGCCGGGCUGUCGAGUGAUGGUGGCCUCGCCACGUCUUGGUGUAAUAAUGGCGCGGACUGCUGCGAGUGGGAAGGCAUCUCCUGCAAUGGAGAUGGGGCCGUCACUGGGGUCUCCCUGGAGUCUAAAGGACUUGAAGGGCCCAUCUCUCCGUUCCUCACCAACCUCACCAGCCUGCUGCACAUCAACCUCUCGCACAACUCGCUCUCCGGUGGUCUUCCGGCGGAGCUCAUGUUCUCCAGAAGCAUCAUCGUCCUCGAUGUCAGCUUCAGCCGGCUCAACGGACCACUGCCCGAGCUUCCGUCCUUGGUUACCACUGACCGGCCUCUGCAGGUACUCAACAUCUCAAGCAACCAGUUCGGCUCAGAAUUUCCAUCAGCCACAUGGAAGGUGAUGAAGAAUCUUAUCGCGCUCAACACCAGCAAUAACAGCUUCAGUGGGCACAUACCUUCUUCUCUUUGCGUUAGCUCGCCAUCUUUGGCUUUGCUUGACCUCUCCUACAACCAAUUGAGUGGCGACAUCCCAAACACACUGGGUAAUUGCUCCAAGCUCAAAGUGCUCAAGGCUGGCAACAAUCACCUAAGUGGGAUUCUGCCUGUUGAAAUCUUCCACGCUACCUCGCUAGAGUACCUCUCCUUCCCCAACAAUGGUGGUUUACAAGGAGAACUUGAUGGAGCACACAUAGUCAAACUCAGUAGUCUGCUUAUUCUUGACCUUGGAGGGAACAGUUUCAGUGGAGCCAUCCCAGAGUCCAUAGGUCAGCUCAGGAGGCUGGAGGAGCUCCAUUUGGGCAGCAAUAACAUGUCUGGGGAGCUGCCAUCAACUAUGAGCAACUGCACAAAUCUCAAAACCAUUGAUCUGAAGAUCAACAACCUCACUGGAGAUCUAGGGAAGGUAAACUUCGCCACCCUACAGAAUCUAAAAAGUUUAGAUCUCAUGGAGAAUAAUCUUGGUGGCAUAGUUCCAGAAAGCAUUUACUCAUGCAGCAAUUUGACUGCACUGCGGUUGUCAGCCAACCAUUUCCAUGGUGAAAUCUCAUCAAGAAUUGGCAAUCUGAAGCACCUGUCCUUCCUAUCAAUUAGUAGAAACUCCUUUACGAAUAUCACAAAAGCUUUGCAUGCUCUUAAGAGCUGCAGGAACAUCAGCACUCUGCUUAUUGGCAGAAACUUUAUGAAUGAGGCCAUGCCACAAGAUGAAAGCAUUGACGGUUUUCAGAAUCUUCAGUUUCUCGCCAUGCACCAGUGUUCAUUGACUGGAAGAAUACCUACUUGGUUAUCAAAGCUCACAAGGCUGAAGGUACUGGUAUUAUCUAAAAAUCAACUUACUGGACCAAUGCCAAGCUGGAUCAACUCCCUAAACAACCUCUUCCAUCUGGACGUAUCAAACAACAGUCUUUCUGGGAAAAUCCCAGUCACCUUGAUGGAGAUGGCAAUGCUAAAACUAGAUAAGCCUGCCAUCUAUUUGGACCCAAGUCUCGUUGACCUUGAUCUACUUAUUUAUGCUGUGGAUGCAUCAAAACUUCAAUACCGCAUAAACAGUGAUUGGUGCAAAGUGCUGAAUCUCGGUAACAAUAAAUUCACAGGUGUGAUCCCACAAGAGAUUGGUCAGCUGAAAGCACUCCUUUACCUGAACUUGAGUUCCAACAACUUCUAUGGAGAGAUCCCACAAUCAAUCGGCAACCUCACUAACCUUCAGAGGUUAGAUUUGUCUAAUAACCAUCUGACUGGUGAAAUUCCUGCAGCAUUGGAGAUCCUUCACUUCCUUUCAGAGUUCAACAUUUCUAACAAUGACCUAGAAGGACCUAUUCCAACAACAGGCCAGCUGAGCACAUUUCAAGCUUCUAGUUUUAAUGGGAACCCAAAGCUGUGCGGCCCUAUGCUUAUUAACCAUUGUAGUUCGGUUGAAGCAGCUCCCAUCUCCAUCGUUUCUGCAAAAAAAUGCAGCAGUAAGGUCAUUUUUGUGACAGCCUUUGGUGUGUUCUUUGGGGUAGGAGUGCUAUAUGAUCAGUUAGUAUUAUUUAGAUAUUUUGGCUAA